AUGGAGACUCUAUCGAUAUGUGUAAGACUCUGUGAGCAAGGAAUUAAUCCAGAGGCUUUGUCUUCUGUUAUAAAAGAGCUGCGCAGAGCGACCGAGGCACUGAAGGCAAGUGAUUAUUCAGACCAGCAGUAUGAGAUUAGUAUUUGUGUGUCCUGA